GACCUAGCUACGCAGCCAAAGUAAGUUCAUUGUGAAGGAAUGCCGCUAUAGAUAGCGGACGGUCCUUCAUUUUCUUGGCGAUUUUCACAGCUUCAAAACGACGCAAUCCCACUUCGAAAUCUCAGUCCUCAGUAAUUUUCUUGACAGCCUGGGAGGUUAAAUUUCACCCGUUGAUCAGAGACUCUUUGAGGAUCAUUUGUCAAGAUGAAGGCGGUGUUUUUCGCAGUUGUUCUGGCCGUGUUUUUAACACGAGCUUCUGCAUUGGAUUGCUACUCCUGUAAUGACUGCGGACUAUCUGGCGUGUUCUCCAUCUUUGAAAGUAAGACCACAUGCCCUAAUAGCGUCUUGGGGUUUCUGACUGAGCCUAGAUGUGUCAAAGAAGUUGCCUCUGAUGGAACCGUGAAACGAUACUGCGGCACUGCAACAACAUGCGGCGCAGCACAGCUUCUUGUUAGGUGUGACAGCGCCACCGAAACCAACUGCAUCAUCUGCUGCAGCACAGACACCUGCAACAACGCCCUCACUGUCAAGGGUACCUGGCUGGCUGUUGCGUUGGCCUUAGCUGCAGCCUUCUUUGCUGCACGUUCCUAAACGAUGAGUAUUCAUGAGCACUACUCAUGAAUAUGCAUAAGCACUAAAUCAUAAAUAUUCAUAAGCACUUGUUCUCGCCAAAGUUUGGGCUUUACAUUUAACAACUUUCUAUGGCUUCAACUGCAUAUAUCUAAACAAUUUUAUAAUGGCUUUUUAGAAAGUGAAAGUUUUACCAUGCAGAGUCUUUUACCGCUUCUUAAAGUUUUGAUAGAGUCGCUCAUUUUUAGCGUACAAAGAGUUUAUUUUCAAAACGCCUUACAUUCAUUUGAAAAAAAAGCAUACUUUAUAGCAAUAAGUUCAGCUGUUUCAAAAGAACAAUUCUCACUUCAUUGUAUUCUUAAAUUUUGUGCAGAAAAAAAAGAAAGAAAAAAACCCCCUAGCCUUUGAAACUGAAUUUGGGUAACCAGGAAAGAGCGAGAUUAUAAAAGGCUAAGAGAAUGGUGUGUGUCACGUUUUGGAAGCAAACUCUUCAUAUAUUUAGGCUGCCAAGUUGAGUGUUAGUUGGGUGAUUAAGUGGCUUAAUUUUUUGUACUUUUUCUAAAAUAAUGUGAACUACAAAUUCAUUUAGUGCCAUAUUUGGAUUGUGGCUCCAGUUGCUAAUUUGUCUUUCGCAAAAUCUUGUAGCUCAUCAAUAAUGUUUUUACUUUAAAUUUUGAAUUCUUUUCUAUUGAGAUUUUUAUUCUGCAUUGUAAUCUGUUAUAUUUUCUCCUCUGAUCACAGUAGUGUAAAAACAGGGAAAAAAUUGUGUACAAUUGUGAUCCUCUGUUUUGUAGGUUGAAGACUUUUCACAAAACUGCAUAAUCAUUUGUACAAUAUUCAGAAUCGUUAAGCUUGUAAUUGUGCAAACAGUUCUUUAUAAUGAAAACUGCCAAUACAAUAGAACCAAUAGCAUAGCGAGGGGAGGGGCUUUAACACCCCCUCUCCACGACCCAAAGAAAAACCAGAAAAAUAUGCACCCAAAAUGCUCUACACACAUGACUGGUUUGCAUAGGGCAUGUUGUACUUGGACACGGCUGAAAAAAAAUUGGGAACAAAAUUGGUUAAACUUCCUUUCCUAUGACCCAUGACUUGUUUACGCAGAGCAUGCUGUAUGUGAACAUGCAUGGCUUAACAUUUUUUGGGAAAAACUCCCCCGCCAUGAGAAAUGUCUCACUACUCCACUGAGAGGAACAACAGGGCCAACAACUGAGGUUUUUUAUGAAAGUGAAUGACUGUAAAGUCUAGCAAUGCCUAUUGAAAACUGCUCUCCUCUGUUUAGCGGAGUCAAAGCAAAAAGGCAGCUUUUGUUAAAUGCUAAAAGGCUAAAGAUUUUGAUUUGAAAUGAGAGGCACGCUAGGUAGAGCUCUAACAUUAAGGACUAUAAACCAUCUAUGGAAGCGUGGGCUGAUAACAUGAAUACCUGUUCCUUCCAUUGGCUAUUAGAUUAGAUUAGAUUAGAUUUCUUUAUUGUCAUGCUCAAAAUUACAUGAAACUUCAUUUCCCAGUGUACAAUUAAAAAUAUGUGUACAUCCAAUAAUUAAAAAAAUACACAAAACAUGACAAGACCAAAAUAUAUCAUAACAUGUACAUUGUACAUGUACAAAACACAGUUACUACUAUACAAUCAUAAAAACUCUAGGAGCAGUAAAGUAGGAUUUCGGACUGUGAAAUGAGGAAGGAAAUGAGGAAGAAUAGGACGGGACAGGAUGGAAACAGCUGGGUCUGGCAAUGUGCAAAAUGUAUAGGGCAGGGUAUGAUUGAGGGGUAGAGGGGGGUGAGAAGGGAAAAGGGGGGGGGGGGGAGAGCAUGGAAAGAGUGGGUAGGAUAAGGGAAACAUUGGAACAUAGGGUAGUGUAGGGAGGGGCAGGGCUGAGUAAAGUUGGGUGAUCCUAAGUGUUGAAAAGAGGCUAAAAUUUAGCAAAUAUUAUUUCCAUAUUCCGUAUCUUCCAAUUAUCUGUUGCAAUACUCGCAUGAACUGCUCUGCAAAAACUGAGUCUGAUGCGGCGAAACUGAUAUUUAAAUUAAUCAUAGGAGUGAAAAAGGCAUUAAGGAAAUUUUUUUUUGGGGGGGGGGACACUUAACUGUUAGGGAUGUUGAUUUUGUCAUUUUUUUUAUUUUGGCCAUUGGAAUCCAAGUCCUUGGAAAAACAAAACAGCUUAAAAAAAAGAAAAGAAUAUGCUGUUGUCAAAAAGGCAAAUUAAUGUUUGUCUUCUAAAUUUCUUUAUAUGACAUUUACAAAAUAGGUAUUUAAUAGUCUAAAUAAAUAACGGAACAGACCCAAUAAACAAUAGAAAUCUGGAUUAAUUCCAGAUCUGCCAUUUUUUAACUGCCAAUUUCUUGAAUGCUCAUCAGACUGUUUUUACAGAGCAGGUCAAGUGUAAUGCCUUAAGUCUUUUUAUUUCCUAUAUCUUUUGAAUGUACUCUUUUAAAUAAAGCAUCGGAAAAAUGUACGAUUAAUGGA